AUGACCACUUGCCUGGUGGGGAUCCCGUUAAAGCCUGACGAGUACCCGGAUUCCCUGUUAGAGUUAUUUAAAGAAGCUAAUAAAGGGAGGCCGGCUCAGCGAGUGGCCCGCUCCGCACCCACUUAUAAGGAAUGUGAAGAAAUGGUGCUGAAAAACAGGCAAAAACUGUAUGGCCUUGAACAAAUGUGCGAGAAACUGGCCCAUGAAAACAAUUCUGUGAAAAAUACAUUACCGAAUGCUUACGAGGACCACUCAUCUCUGCUGGCAGCCUGUGCACUGCUGUCAGGGGCCCUGUGUCCUCUCUAUGGCAGACUAUGUGCUGUGUCUUUCCAAAGAGACCUUCUCCAGGACCAGGUGAACCUCUGUGAAUUAGUGAACCAGGAGAUCACGACCCUCCUUAAUGUUCUCCCUACUAACGUGGAAAACAAUCAAGAUGAAGCAAGGCUGAGGCAGAGAAGAGCCAAACACCUGGUUUAUGUGUUCCGAAGAGCUGUGAUUGCAGUUCUGGCCUCUAACAGGCUUAGAGCUCUGGCCCAAAAUUCUUGCUCCUUUUUUGUCUGGACAGAUGGCUCAAGAGGAAGCCUUGGAAUUCAAGUUCAUGUGGGAGAAUCCAGAGGCAGGCAUCAUGGGGCACGUUUUGAAGAGGAAGGAGUUGACUGUAUUGAAGCACUUGAUUGGUUGACUAGCUCUAACCUCUAUGCUGCAAUAAUCAGUUCCCUCUCUGAACUGCAUGACAUUCUCAGCACACCAGAUCCAAACUCCUGGCUUUCUGGACACUCACUCAUCAGUGCAGCCAGGAACUCCUUUUCAAAACUGAUGGACAAUCUGAGUGUAUUGAUGGAGGCAGUUCAAGGGAACCCUUGUGGGUGCAGAGUUUACCUGGAGAGGGACUCCCUGAUACAGAGGCUGGCUUGUGGACUUCACAGAGUAAAUGCCCAGGCCCUGGAAGCUGGAUUGUAUGACAGACUGCCCAGCACAAGAAACAUAGCAAUCUUGCAGCAAGAAGUAUUUGAAUUAUCACGGAGGCUUCAUACAGCAGAGGUAGAAUCCCACUCACUGCACCUACAGCUUGCAGAAUUCAAAUUGGCUUUCAAUGAGAUGCAGAAGGAUGCUGAAAAAGCCCACAGACUUCAAGAGCAAUUAAAUGCACUUCAACAUGAAAUAAUCACCCAGGACAAUAUACAUGACAAACUGGAUAAAGCUUUGCAGUGUGAGCAUGAGGCAAGAUUGGUUUCACAAGAACGCCAGCGACGGCUUCAGGAGUUUAGUAAUAAACUAGAAUUGAUCAGAUGUGUAAUUGAUGAUGGAAGCCAAGACUCAAAGGAGUCUCUGAUGAUGUAA